CUUCCCCUUGAAAACCGCCAUUCAUGCCUUUGAUGUUUCCUGUGGGAAGUUCCCGAUACAAAACCAUGGGAUGCCGUUCAAAACCGGCUGCAGCCUGUCCACUCCCCCAUCGAUCUCCUCUUCUCUAAAAAGAGUCAUAAAAAUCUCAAUCUCCUCGACUUCUGCAAUCAGAGAAUUCAAUUUCUCCCUCUCUUGCUUCUUUUGCUACCCUUCUGCCCACUGCAAAUUCGCGUCCGAUCUCUCCCUCUCUGGCUUCGUUUCUCAGGAGCGAGGACCAGAAGAGCUUCUCAAACAUCUUCCCCUCGAGGGAAAUUGGGCAACACCCACCACCAUCUUCGAAUUCUGUGUCUGCAAUGCCAGGAAGACGGCUGUUCGGAGAACCGGCGACGCUCACUUUCCAUGGCGAGCAGAAGCAAGGGAAGGCGGAGCCGCCGGCCUCGCCUCCCCGUAACGAAACGGGCAACGCCACCUCCUCGAACAACACCAACCCCUACAGCCAGCUGAGCCCCGGCUUCAACUCCUCCAUGGCCGUCACGAUCCUCAUCCUCCUCGCCGCCCUUUUCUUCAUGGGCUUCUUCUCAAUCUACGUCCGCCGCUUCUCCGAGGACUCCCUAGAACCCGCACGCCGCCGCAGGCGGGCUGCCGGGGCCGGAGCCCGACGACCCUCUUCGUCCCCGGGGCUCGACCCCGCCCUCAUCCGCUCGCUCCCCACAUUCCCUUUCAAGAGCGUCUCGCCCAAGGACGAAUCCCUCUGCGCCGUGUGCCUCGGCGAGUUCGAAGGAGGCGAGACGGCCAAGCUCCUGCCACUCUGCGGCCACUUCUUCCACGCCGACUGCAUCGACGAGUGGCUCUCUUCCCACACCUCCUGCCCGCUCUGCCGCGCCUCCCUGGUUCCGCCUCCCUCGCAACCGAAGGAGCGCCAGUCCGACGAACCGGAAGGCAGGAGGCCUCCGGGAGAAGAGUCUUCGUCUGCUGAAGAUGCCGGGGGGUCGCGAGAAGAUGGAGUGCCGGAGGUGGUGGUCGUAGUGGAGGAGGCUGCGGGGAGUUCUCCGGCGGCCGGAGAGCGGGAGUCCGGCGUACGGAGAUGAGGAGGAAGCUUGUCGCGUAGCCUUCGCGCGCGGAUGGGUGGGUCCCAGCAGAAGUUGUAGCUUGUGGCGGCCCACCUGGAGUUUAGGUUCCAAAUUUGUUUUUCGUCUCAUCCGUCCAGUGGGGUCCGCCACGUGGCAUGAAGUUGAGUGGGCCCCCCCGUUAUUUAUCUGUGGGGCUCGCUUCUAUGUGAAGAAACGCUUUCGUAACUUUGUAAAGAAUGCAUUCGGAUCCGGGUUAUAGAAAGAGGGCCAGCGAUUGAUUUUUUU